GUGGAGAGACUUGAGGGGAACCCAUAUGCUAGGCUUAUGAAAAAAGAUGAUGUUGAUAAAAACAGCAUUAGAACAUUUUCUGUAUGUCUUUAGAAAUUGGUGUGGCUGUCAGAUGGUGUUGGUUCAUGCUUGUUGAAGGUCAAGAAUAGUACUGCUUCGGAAAGGGAACAGCAAACUUCAUGGAUGAGUAAGAGGAAAUGCAGACUUUCUUGUUCGAAGACUACUUGGAAAGCAGGCUAUUCGCCCUCUAACACAGCUUUCUAGGCAUACACUUGGAAUUGCUGAUUUCAAGCGACAAGAGAUGAUGCCCCCCAGGACAGCAACUGGGUGCUGGGUAAAUAUAACUGUUUGGACAAAGAAGUUGGGCAUGCGGCCACUAGUUGUUGACUAUAAUUUUAAUCCAUGUUAGCUGCCAGUGGUGUAAUGUGUAAUCAACCCCAAUUUAUGCUUCUCAUGUUGGUUGAAAAUAUGCUGUACACUAUGGUUUAUAAGCAUGCCUUUAAGCGUCCUAUUUAGCAACUUCUUACUAUGACUCUCUGGUGUUUCUCUUCUUCAACAAUCUUUUUCUAUUAAGGGGGAGUUAUAGUACAGAGAGAGUUUUCCUCAGGGAAGGUGAUCAAUUGUGUAUUAUUUUGCUUGUUUACUUACGUAACUGUCAAAUGGUGGUGAUAUUACACGGUGUUACUACAAUAGCAGGAGGUUAUUCACUAAUACCAGGCCGUGCUGAUGGACCUGGAUUAAAUGCCUCAUUUUCAGAUGAUUUUGAACUUUCUUUUGUUCCUGAGAGAUGCACUUUAAUGAUCUCUGACCGUGGCACUAAGUUAGUCCGCGAAAUACAGCUUAAGGCCGAGGAUUGCUCAAGAAAUUCUCAUUCUGCUCUAAGAGCAGUUUCUACAUGGUUCUUAACCGUGGGGCUUCCCUGCUUGGUCUGCUUGAUUCUCGGGUUCCCAGCUACAAAUGCUCACAUAUUCUCUAAUGGAACUUUCUAG